AUGAACUUUUUUAAACAUAAAAUUUUCAUAUUCUUUUUUUUGGUAUUACAACUUCAAAAAAUAUACUGUACCCAUUUUACUAUAACAGCACAUGAAAAAGAUUGUUUUCAUUUUAAGGCUGAAACAAAUAACUUUAUUGUUGGAUCUUAUGAAAUAAUUGAUACAAACUCAUCUUGUAUAAUAACUAUUUUGAAUAGACAAGAUAAAAAUAAUGAUUACCUAUUUAAAUCAAGAAACAGUCAAGAUAAAUUUGAGAUUCAGGCUAAAACAACUGGGAUGCAUUCUUUUUGUUAUGAAAAUAAAGGAAAUUCUGACAUAACAAUUAUGUUUACUCUAAGAGUAAAAGAAGUUCAUGGUACAAAUGAAUCUGAUUUAAGCACAGUUGAUGACGUGCAAAAAAUAAACGAUGAAGCAUAUGAAUUAUAUGAACAAUUUUUAGAAGUUUAUGACGAACAAGAAAGAAUGAUGGAAAAAGCUGAUUUAUAUAAACAAUUUAACGAAAAAAUUAAUUCAAAAUUAAUUCUAUGGUCAGAAAUACAAAUAAUUUUACUAAUUAUACUAACAUUAAUUCAUAUAUAUUAUAUAAAAUCCUUUUUUGAAAUAAAAACAAUCGUUUGA